AUCAGUACCCCUCGUCCCACACUCGAAGUUGGGCGGCUUGUUGUUUUUCUCCGGUUGCGUGCUCCGCGUGCAACCAAGUUGAAAGAGUCCGGGAACAACAUCAGGCUGAGAUCUGGUGUUGGAGCAACUCCGCUUGGGAGGGUGGACAUAUGCAACGCGCAAAGUCUGCAGUGGACUUCUCCAGCCUGCUGAACCCAGAGGUUUCGGCGGAAAGGGAGCAGACUCCAACGCAGCAACAGCAGAAGCAGCAAGAACAACAAGCCGAAGGAGGAAACAUGGCGGCCGUUGGCCUCAUUCGCCCCAACGGGCCACUGCCGGCUGGUGCACCAGCCGCCGAGCAGCCGACCGAACUUCCCCGUCCCUACAAGUGCACCAUGUGCGACAAGGCCUUCCACAGGCUGGAGCACCAGACCCGACACAUCCGCACCCACACCGGCGAGAAGCCGCACGCCUGCCAGUUCCCCGGGUGUAGCAAACGCUUCUCGAGGUCCGACGAGCUCACCCGGCACUCGAGGAUACACAACAAUCCCAACUCGCGGAGAGGAAACAAGGGCCAUCAUCAGCACGCCGCCAUGAUCCAGAGGAUGCAGCACGACGCCAUGGCACCGCCACCGGGGCCCAAGAUGAUCCGCUCGGCGCCCCCCACGGCAUUGUCUUCACCCAACGUGUCGCCUCCUCACUACAGCUCCUAUCCCAUGAAUCUUCCCCCGCCGCUCAGUCUCGGCCCGUACAACCGCGGUGCCUUGAGCAGCCAGAGUGGUUCGGAUGUGGCAAUGUUGGCGAGGACGGCCGACCGGGACACCACCCCGAGUCAGUCUCAUUACCCGCCGUCGAGACAGCACCCGUACUACGGCGGGUCGCUCCACUCGUCGCGGAACCCGCUGCCCGGUCUGGGCGCCUACCACAUGUCGCGGUCGCACUCGAACGAUGACCACGACGACCACUAUGCGCAAAGUUACAGGCAGCCGAAGAGGUCGAGGCCCAACUCCCCCAACUCGACGGCUCCUUCCUCUCCUACCUUUUCCCACAACUCGUUGUCCCCGACGCCGGACCACACCCCACUCGCCACGCCCGCUCACUCGCCCCGCCUCAGGCCCUACAGCGGCAUCGAGCUCCCACCUUUCCGAAACUUAAGCCUGCAUCACACACCGGCGUUGGCCCCGCUUGAGCCGGCGCCCGAGGGACUUGCCCCGCCUCUUGUGCCCGCACCUAGGAGUAAGGGCGUUUCCCUGACCGACAUCAUGAGCCGGCCCGACGGCAACCAACGGAAGUUGCCUGUGCCAAAAGUCGCGGUCCACGACUUGCUUGGCCCGUCAGACGGGUUUUCCGCCAGCGGCAGGAGUAGUUCAUCCAACAGUCUCUCGGGCAUGGAUCUCUAUGACAAGUUGUGAUUUUUGACAGAGAAGCACGACGGUUAAACACGUGCCACUCGAUUCAGCCACACUUGAAUACCGGCAGCCUCCGACGACAUGACUGAUGACGAUUUUGGGCACACUAUAGAGGAUAUAUAUAUAUAUCACUACUACCUGGG